GUCUCUUUCUCUCUCUCCCGAAAUCAACCCCGCCUCUCUCUCUCGUGAUCUCUCCUCGACUAUCUCUCCUUGGCUCUGCGCCGCGUUAUCCCUCAUCCUCUCCAUGAAUUCCUCCCCAGCUUGCUUCUUCCACUCUCCUCUUCGACCCAUCUCGCUUCCCCAAUCCUCCUAUGGCUUCUUCUCAAAGCGUAAGCUUCUCUUCCUCUGAUUACAUCUGAAUCAAAGCAAUCAUUUAUGAGGACACAGUCUGUUGAUGAUAGAUUAAGAAUCAGAGCAAUCACUUAUCUGUCAAUUGAUUCUGUUUUGUUGCUUUUGUUUAAUUUCUUGUGGGUUUCUUAAAUAUGACAAUCGAUGUUGAUGCUAUCGAAGAUGAUGAUGAUGUUGUUGAGUCAACUGCUUCUUCUUUUGAUCGAGCUAAAAUUACAAGGUUGUGAUUGAUGAUGAUACCAAGUGAUCAUGUAAAUGUGUUGCGCACAAGUCCUUUGUCAUGUUCUUCCAUCCUUGCACUUCUCUCCAAUACUCUGUUUUUGCAGCCACAGAGAGAACAAAGGGGGUGCCUAGACGACAACAGGAGGCCAGAGCUUCAUGCGUUUUAUUUCGACGAGGAGAAGAAGAAAUAUUUCACAAUUAAAGGUCUUAUCCCAGGUUCAAAACCUUCUUCUUCUUCUUCUUCAAAAGCAGCAGAACGAAAGCCUGAAUCAGAGCCUUUCAAGGAACCUAAUUAUCAGAAGAGAAAUAAACUGAAAGCAUUGAAGCUGCUUUGUUCCCGAGAGCUAAGUGGCAGUGUUAUUGCUCUUAAUAAUAAGAAGAACAAGUCUAAAUUCAAGGAGGAGAUUGAAAAGACACACGCCUCUAACCCUCUGAUGUGGAGAUAUGAUUCUACGGAAAACAUAGGCGAUGCUGCUUUGAAAGAGUUUCAGGUUGAUAUACAAACAUCUCAACGCCUCACCACAAAAAAACAUCAUAUUAGCAGGCAGUAAUUGAGGCUGCUUGAGGUAUGUUCUAUGAGUUAAGUCUCCUCCUAGAAUUAACAACAUUAGAUUUUUUUCAUUCCAAUCUAUAUGCUUUGGACAUGUCUAAUUUUUUUUUAAGACCCCCUAAAUAAGAAACUACCAUUGGAGGGUAUGAAUCAAGGUGUUUCUUAAACAAGGUUCUUAAUUACAUUUAAUUAGUAAAAUAUUCAUUAAGAGAUCCAAUGGGGUUUGUGGGUUAAUCAUGCUCUUAGAAGUACAAGAACAUAUUGCCCGUGACAGCUGUUUAGAAAAGUGUAUUGGAAUUAUGCGUAGAAGUUAUGAACUGAUGAUAUUUAUUGAUGUAUAACAUACAAGAGUUGUUAUGAAGAUAAGGAUAAAUCGAUGCUAGAUAAGUACAAGAAUACCUUCAAUAACUUAGAUAAUUACUAAUACGAAUAUGUUAUUAUUUAUACCAAUAUACCUCUUUAAGUUAAGUUAGACGUCGGUUACAAAGUCCAAUCUUGGAAUUUAAAGUGGAGAAACCUUCAUCGAAGAAGAAGUUUGGUUAAGGCAUCAGCUAGUUGUUCAGCAGAGCAAAUGUUUGACACAUAUUUUUUUUGGCUUCAACUUAUUCACGAACAAAA